AUGGACGAAUGGAACGCCAUAGUCGAUGGGUAUAUUGCCGAGAGUACUGACAAACGCGAACGCUUCGACAUCGAGCUUGCGUCCAAGAUCGGCGCGAACGGCGGGGCACUGUACAAGAAGUGCGAUUACUGCCAUAAGGUCCAAGGCCGCGACUACCACGGCAAUCUCAAGUGCUGCAGCGGCUGCAAACUCAUUGUGUAUUGUAGUUCGGUAUGCCAGGCUAAGGACUGGCCACGGCACAAGGCGGAAUGCAAGACGGAGUCACAUAAGGAGCAGGAGCUCAGAACGCAGCAGGUCGUGUUACGUUGCAUCAACCAGAGACCGACGAAGGAAGAGUUGCAGAACUUCGAUCUCGCUAGUCGCAUUUCGCAUGCCAGGCGUUCUUGA